UACGAUAACAAAUAGCAAUAUGGGCGAUAUGGGUGAUGGGAGGUUCAUUCGGCAGCCAAUGCAGGCCCAUUGUAAACUUCGUCCAAACCCCUCCACACACCUCUACUACUUAUACAUAUCCCAUCUCCUUCAAUUCUCCAUCUUCCCCACUCUGCCUCUCUUUUUCCUCUCCCCCUCAAUCUCCCCUUUACCAGGCACUCAUGAGUCACCACCAAGGUCCAGUAACCGCAUAUCCCCCACCCAGCCAUGUCUAUCCACCUCCGACUCCAUAUCCUCCACCAGGUCAGGUGUAUCCACCGCCACCAUCGUGGGAGGGGCAGCAUCAAGUUAUCUAUGUUGCAGCGCCGCCUCCAGUGGGGUACCCCAUGAGAGAUGGUGAAGGGCACCCACAAAAUCACCGUCCGGUUGAGACCAAAAGCAGGGGUGACGGCUUCUGGAAAGGAUGUGCUGCUGCCUUGUGCUGCUGCUGUGUCUUGGACUGCUGCUUUUAACUGAUCUGAACUGCUUUUGUAACCCUCGCCUCCUUUCACAUUGGAGAAGGGGACCCAGGUCUUACCCCCUAUUGUAUUCUUUAGCAUUGAUUAAGAUGGAGAUCUCAAAAUUAUUAAGUUGUU